AUGGAGGGUUUCGCCAGCACAGUUCCGCAGAGCAGCAUGCCUGCCUUGAGCUGGGAUGACUUGCGCGUGACGAUUACGGAGCUCUACCUUGAUCAAGGCUUGACACUGCCGAGGCUGAUGGAGCGUAUGCGUCUGGAGUAUGGACUUCAUGCGAGUACAAAAAUGUACAAAUCGCGAUUUACGCAAUGGGGUAUCAGAAAAAACAUGACGAUACCGCGUGUUCUUGAUGCAUUGCAACACGAGCACGCUCUGAGGCCUUCAUCUCGCCCCGAGAGCCAGCUGGACUAUCAGAAGAAGAGGAGGCGAUACUUGCAGAGGUUACCCAAAAGCAGAAGGGAACUUCUUGCUGGUCGUGUUCUGCAGCCCCUGAAUACGACAAUGGCACCCUACAGAGACACGAUCGAACUCGCAUCCCAUGUCAUGCCAAGUCCGCCUACCGACGUCCUUCUACCAGACUACUAUAUGCACCUCCUCCAAUCAUACGUGAGAGGUUCAUGCGAGCCCGGUCACUGGCAACGAGAUGAGGGAGACGGACUCAAGAAUGAGACUAUUGUGCCGGGUUGGUGCAGUUCCGUCAUGUCCGCUACCUGGGUCCUGCAGGAAGGGAAGAACGCCGAGGCUCAUCGUUUCCUCCACAUCUUCAUCGCUCAAAGUUCACGACAACUUGCACGCCAGGAUCCGCUAUUGUUUCCCUUCUUGUACACAUCCGUGUUGUAUUUUGCUCGCGGCCAUCCCGAGUAUUCCCAAUGGCUUAUACAAGCCUUAUGUUGCGUCUCUGAACGACUCCCUUGGGCCAUCUCAUCCCAUCCCCUCCGCCGCAUGCUGUUGCUCAUGCGCCAUUUGAGCCCACAAGACAUCGUCAGGCAUGCGAGCCGAAUGCUUCUUGCAUACAUCAACCUCAUACACAAGACCCUCGGUGCCGCCUUUCCCAUCGUUCAGGACAUGCUGUCGGACGCCAUGGACCGGCUCCUCUGUUAUGACCUAGUUAGUCCUACUGAAGUUGUCACCAUGGGUCAGUGUAUGGUUCUUGCGGCUGAGGCACAGGGUCAUACACAAUGCAAGGACCAUGCAAACCUGAAGAAGGCGCUGGCUGCUGCCUACGUCAAGCUGGGAGAUCUCCGCUCAGGACGUCUCAUGGCAACGGAGGUGCUUGCGAUGCAUGAUGGCGAUCUAGACCACAAGGAAAUGCUGCCAGCCGUCCACAUGCUUAUCUCUAGGAUCGACGAGGCCGAGGGCCUAGUGGAACUUGCCAGGGAGUCGGCUCUGCGAGCUAUACUGGCCAGCAUCGAAACUUUUGGAAGAUGGUCGGACUGGACGGUGAAUUCCUUGAUACAUUAUCGCAGGAUCCUCGAGAGAGCCGGGAGAAUAGACGAUGCGCGGAAAGUGGAGGAUGAUCGCGACCUUGCCAUUCGUCAAUUACAGCAGAAGUUGGAGAACUUCAACAUCUCUGACGAACCUACUUGA